UGGGUUAUUGGCAGCUCUGGCAGAGCAGCAGCUGCGGGACAGACCCUCAACGACUCCUCACUUGUGGCGGGGGGGAUGUUUUCCUCCAGGGAGAAUUUCCUCAACGUGUCGGUGGCUCAGCUGGAGAACCGGACCUCCGGCUUCUUCCUCCUGGAUUUUGACGAGGGGCUGCUGGAGGACUGGCGCUCCCUGGCCAGUAAGAGGAGCCGCGGCGGGGAGUCGCAGGAGGGCGGUGUAAAGGUGCUGCUGGUGGCCGCCUACUCCCUCAUCAUCGUGGUGUCCCUGUUCGGGAACAUCCUGGUGUGCCAUGUGCUGGUGAAAAACAAGCGCGCCCAGUCCGCCACCAGCUUGUUCAUCAUGAACCUGGCAGUGGCUGACAUCUUCAUCACCGUCCUCAACACACCCUUCACCCUGGUCCGGUUCGUGAACAGCACCUGGGUGUUUGGGAGGACUAUGUGUCACAUCAGCCGCUUUGUGCAGUACUGCUCCCUGCACGUCUCCACUCUCACACUGACGGCCAUCGCACUGGACCGCCGUCAGGUUAUUUUACACCCUUUGAGACCUCGCAGGUCCCAAGCUCAAGGUCGUGCUUGGGUGGUUGUGAUCUGGAUAAUGGCCACCUGCUUCUCCCUCCCACAUGCAAUCUACCAGAAACUCCUAACCUUUACAUACAGUAAGGACGAGGAGCGCAGCCUGUGCGUCCCAGACUUCCCAGAACCAUCAGACAUCUACUGGCAGUACAUCGACCUCCUGACCUUCAUAUUACUUUACAUGCUGCCGCUCCUCAUCGUCUCUGCCUCCUACACCACAGUGGCCUGUCGGUUGUGGCGCCACAACACCAUCGGUGACACCACGACCGCUCAGCACGCCACCCAGAGAAGAAAGCGGAGGCGGACAUUAGCCAUGCUCCUUCUUGUGGUCGGGGUGUUUGCUGUCUGUUGGUUCCCACUCAACUGCUACGUGGUGCUGCUUUCCAGCCAGGCCAUUCACUCCUCCAACACCCUCUACUUCUGCUUUCACUGGCUGGCCAUGAGCUCCACCUGCUACAACCCUUUCAUCUACUGCUGCCUGAAUCCCACCUUCCGCCAGGAGCUGCGGCUGCUCUAUGACAUGUGCAGGAGGAGACAGAGGGUGGCGGUCGGGUUGGAGCCUGAACUUCGGCCCGCAGCCAUCUGCGCUCCCUGUCGUAGGACCGCGUGGCCCGAAAACCACGAGUCCUCGGGGCAGAGGUGUAAUUUACCAGAGCCGGGCCACGGCUCCUCACAGCAGAGUGGUUCCAGUCAGUCACACAACCUGAAAGAGACACAUGUGAUGUUCACGGCCAGACAGGUCAUCACAGGAAGAACUGACAUCCUGUCAGUGGAGCCCAUCGUGGCUGUGAGCUGA